AUGCGCAUCUCGCCCGACCGCGACCAACAUAGACAGUUGCUGCCGCUCAAUAUUCCCUCCCGAUGGCGGUUUCUUGCACUAUGCCUCGCAUCCAUCGCUAUCUGGUGGCUCUUCCGACAUAAAGAUGUCGUGGGUGGUACCUCGGAAGGCUCGGAUGUCAGAGUGCAGCUCGCCUGGAAGCGGUUCGAAGAGUCUCUCCAUCAGUGCUCGGCUAUCAAACAAUUCCCCACGAAACUUGAUCCUCAGAAUCGGACGGCGAAUCCACGAUGGAACGAUAUCAGUGGUCAGCGAAGACCCAUCAUCUUGCGCAAUGCAACACUCUUCGAUGGCGAGUCCAUACAUCCUGGGCCAAUGGACAUCAUGUUGGACAAAGGUCUGAUAACCAAAGUCUCUUCGACUGCGUCUGCGUCACUAGCCAGGGGACCAUACCAACAAGUCGAAGAAUACAAUGUUCAUCUCCGCUUUGUCACCCCAGGCUUGGUGGACAUGCAUUCCCAUCAUUCCAUCGGAGCGUGGCCAUCGGCUGGGGGAACCAACGACGACACCAAUGAGAUGUUGACGGAAUGGGGCCCAAUGACCCCAUUCCUGAGGUCAUUGGACGGACUGAAAGCUUCCGACGAGGCGUUCAAGUUGGUAGCUUCUGGCGGUAUCACCUCGUCCCUCAUACUGCCAGGUUCGGCCAACAUCAUGGGCGGAGAAGGUUUCUCGGUAAAGAACGCUCGCAACUCUGGCAGAUACAAAGAGUACGUUGUCGAGGAGACUCUGCUCGAGUACGGCAUUCCCGAGGAGCAGCGUGUUCGCUACAUGAAGCUGGCAUGCGGCGAAAACCCAAAGCAGAUAUACCACCACAAUCGCAUGGGUAAUGCCUGGAUUCUCCGCGAACACCUAGCCAAAGCCAGAGACCUACUCACUGCGCAGGACGAGUAUUGCAUGCUGGCAAAUGCUGUCUCCGCCUCUACAGACAAGGCAAAACAAGACUUCAUCAAAGCAGAAGGGAGUAUGCCUGUCAAACGUGAGCUUGAGUCUACCGUCGGGCUACUGCGGGGCCGAGUUGCCUUUCACAACCACUGUUAUCUUCCAGAGGACAUGGAGACCAUGAUGCGACUCACGGCGGAACACGAUAUUCGGAUCAAAGCUUUCCACCACGCCAUUGAAGCAUGGCAGGUACCUCAUAUGUUGAAGUCCAGGACAGAAAACAUCACGAUUGCUACAUUUGCCGAGUUCAGCCUGUACAAGUGGGAGUCAUACUUUCCUAGUCUCGCUGCCGGCAAGAUACUCAACGAUCAUGGCAUUGCAGUCGCAUACAAGUCCGACCAUGGGCUGGCGGAGACAAACGCCAAGUAUCUUGCCUACCAGGCGGGGGUCGCCCAUGCCUUUUGUCUCCCCGAAGAGAAGUCACUACAGGCCAUCACAUCUGUCCCAGCGAAAGCCCUAGACCUGGAUAAUCGAAUUGGAUAUGUUCGAGCUGGCUACGACGCCGAUAUCGUGAUCUGGGACUCCCACCCACUGGCGAUUGGCGCAACCCCUCUUCAGGUCUUCAUCGACGGAAACCCUCAACUGGAAUCAUCUGAUGUCAAACUUAGCAUGGGCUUGACUUUUCAGGACCCUCUGCCCGACGAUACUCACAUACCUGUCGCGCCGCCAAUGCGGAGUGAGCCUGCGGCUGCUGAUCGAAUCUCAUUCUGUGCGAGGGCUCACCGGGCAAACUCGAGCUAUGUUAUCACGGGCAUCACGAGGUCAUUUCUUGAUGGACAUCCAGCAAUGAGACAUGUCACCGUGGGCAUCCAAAGUAAUAACAUGACGCUGGUGAUUGAAAACGGCAGGAUAACAUGUCUGAGUGGUGGUGAUGAUUGCGACCAAAGAUUAAUACAGCAAGACCAGGAGCAGGUGACUACUCUCCACCUUCGCUCGGGACAUGUCCUACCUGGUCUGACAGCCGUUACGGCAUCACUCGGUCUGACAGAGAUCACCUUGAAUUUCGACAGUGGAAACGGCAUGGCUGAUCCACGCCGUGACGUGUCGAGACCGGACAACAUCGACUUUGCAAAGUACGGUGUCCAACUUGAGGGAAAAGCUUUUGCUCGUGCCCGCAUGGGCGGAAUUACAAGAGCAAUCUCGCCGCCGCUAAGUCUAGGGGGGUUCCUGCAUGGUGUGAGUGUUGGAAUCAGUACAGACACCAGCCUGUCGCUGCACAAUGGCGGUAUUUUCCAGCCAGACGUCGGCCUCCAUGUCACAUUGGACAGCUCAGCUAUGUUGACCUACGGCACCAUCAGUAACUCUGUUGCCAAGAUUCGGAGAUUGAUCAUGGAUGGGUUGGGUUCGUUUAACGCAACAGUGUUUGGGGAUGUUGCUUCUGGAAGACUACCUCUCAUUAUCCACGCAAAUAACCAUUGGGAUAUUCAACAAAUUAUUUCCAUCAAACGGGACUUUCCGACGACAGGUAUUGUCAUUCUCGGUGGCGCUGAGGCACCAUUGGUUGCCUCAGAGAUUAGUCAAGCAAACAUCUCCAUAAUCCUUACUGAGAAUCGUCCCGCGCCCGCCGAAUUCCGCCAUCGAGACGCCGUUGUCGGACCUCCUCUGACGCCCUGCAUUGCCCGUUUGCUCAAAGAGGCAGGCGUGACUUUCGCGAUAUCUCUAGUUCCUACAACUUUGCCGGGUGACUAUCGCCUGCAUGCACUGGCACUAGAAGCAGGGUGGACAGCUAAGUGUGCUGCACUUGGGAGCACAGAAGCAGUUAAGCUUGUGUCAUCCAAUGUGGAGGAUAUUCUUGGUUUGGAGCGGAGUAGCGAUAUUGUCAUUUGGGAAGGUAACCCGUUGGAAUUUGGUGCAUCAGUCGUCUUUGCUUUUGCAGCUCAAGCUAGUGCUUUAGCAGGUGAGAACUAUAGAGAAAGGGACUUAAGUACUAGUAAGCUACAACUUGCAUCUUGCUGGCCGCAGGAAGGUAAUUAG